CAACAAUGGUGCUUUCCACAAACAACAAAAUGUGACCAGAAUAUACUCAUAAUGAAUAAAUCUCAAAUAUAACUAUAUAAUAAUUCGUGUAAAUAAAUAAUCAUUGUGACCGCUUGUAUGAGAGUGUACGUAAUGUAUUAGUGACUAUAUUCCAGUCUUCGCAGAUGUAUUUAUUUUACCUAACCUCUCUAUUAUACUGAAAAUUUAUUUCAUAUAAUAGAAAUUUACAUAAUUUUAUAACAUCUGAGCUUAAUAAAAACUUGUGCAUCUAAAUAAAUUGGCAUAUUAAUAAUAUAACAGAAGUUAAUCAAAUGUGAUUUAAACAAUAUAUUUGCCAUCUAUAUAAGAACGCAAAGUAUUUUUUGACAGAAAUUGCAUAUAUUGAAAAAGUAAAAGUGUUCUAAUUUAUACUAAUAUAAUUUUUAAAAAUAUUUUUUGUGCAAAAAUUCUAAUUGUAUUAAGAUAUUAAUGCAUUAAUAAAUUGAUGUGAAAAUUCCACCGUAAAUAUCAUAAAAUGUCUGAGAAAAAGACGGUUGGUGGUGUUCCUGUGGAAAGUCUAACUGGAGAAUCAGCUGCAAUAUGGUCUGGUUGGCGUAUACUGGGAGACAGAGAGCUUGUAAGAGAGGCCUCUGCCAAAGGAACUCAUAUAAAACUAGCUUAUAAAUGCCUAGCAUUUAGAAGAAAUUGUUCUGUAGAGCAAGCAUGUAUAUAUUUUAACAAAGAAGUAGAAACUUGGGUCAAAGAGUUAUUAAAUAAGAAGCAGAUUUUCAGAGCUUCACACAUUUUAAAAAAUAUGGGAAAGGAUCCCAUUGAAUAUAUUUUUGCUGUUUCCAUAAAGAGCAAGGAUCCACUUUUAAGGAACUACUUGUGUGAAUAUAUGAUAAAUGUUGCUGGAUUCAAGACUGAACAUGUUGCAGCAUGGAACAUUAUUAAGUCUAUUAAACAGCACGAAGAAAAAUGCAAUAUUCAAGAUGGAUUAAGUUCUGACAUAUGUAUAGAUGAUAUAAUGAAAUUACCACAGAAUAUUGAACAAGCUUUACGCACUGAAUUAUAUUUUUCUUUAAAUAAUCCAGAAAUUUUAGGAAACGUAUCAAAUAAUAUUUUAUGGGAUUAUUUGUUAUCUAAUAAUAAAAUUAACGCGUUAAGGACAUGGAUUGAAACGAAAUAUAAUCCAGACGUUCCACAGACUUCAGAUAAAAUUGAUCCUCAUUUGAAAUCGUUAUUUGCGAAUUUAAAUAUUACACCCGAUAUGGUUGACUGUAUAGAGUCGUCAAGUGCUAGUGAUUUCGUAAAAUAUCUUACUAAAAAUUAUUUAUGUAGAUACGGUAUUUUCACAAAAGAAGAAAAAAACGACAUAAAAUUGAUAUUGAAUCGUUUCUUUGGCUGCGGUAUUACAUUGGAAGAACUCAGUAAAAUAUUAUCCUUAGCUUCUUGCAACAUUGAUAAAACGGAGUUUUUGCAAAGCGUUGAUGAACAAUUAUGCCUUACACAUUGCUCGCAAAGCUGUCAUACUCCGGAGGACAAUUUAAAGCUUAAAAAAUUAUAUAAUGCUUUGACCGAUAUGUGUGACGCUCGCAAUAAUUACGAAGAUGCGAUACUACAUGGAAUUACAGAAUCGAUUGAUUAUAUUUCCGAUGAUUUUAACGGCUAUUUAAAAACGAAUUAUUUAGUAAGCUGGGCAUUAAUAUUUUUACGAUUAUGGCAAAUGCGAAACACGUUGUGCAAUGAAGCAAGUUCUUCAGAGAAGAAUACAUUAAUGAGAGAUAUAUUUACGAACAAGACUGUUUUAAACAUCGACACGCGUAUUAUUCCCCAAGAAGUUCUUCAGUCCGCGCUUACGCACAUACCGAGCCUCCAAUCUAUCAUCGAAGAUCGAAAUGAAAUAAAUGAUAUUACAGUAUAUGACUUAUUGGACGGUUAUAGAAAUUUGAAUUCGAAGCUCUUGUUCAAGUGGCGCUUCAAGAAUGAGCCCAUGCCCACUUUCACGAACGAAAAUCUUAUUAAGAAAUAUGGGUAUCAAGAAACGCUAACAUAUGGUUAUUAUCUAAAAGAAGGUAGGCCGAAUAUGGCUGUACACAGUUUGACUUGCGGUCAAGCGAAAUUAUUUGGAAAUGUAUCCUCCCAUAGGAAAUUUAAAGCGGCCUUAUACGCACAUAUUCUCGCUUUGAAAAAUUUAAACAAGUCUGAUAUUGUAUGCGGCUGUAUUGCGUUCAUCGAGCUGCUGAAAAUUGACUCGAGUAACUUACGAUUACACGUUACUGUGGCAAAAUAUGUGCAGGAACAACUAAACAUCUCUAUAGGGAAUUUAUUGGAGAAUGUAGUGUACAAAAACCAAACCGACUUACAGUCUGUAAUAUCGUAUCUAGAACAAAGCUUCCAAAAAUAUUUAGUGGAUAUAAAUUUUAUAUCAGAUAGUGCGCAAUUUGUCGAAGUAUUAAAAAUUUGGGAUAUUAUUGUACGCUUUGCACGAGUUCACAACUGUGUGUUGCCCGAUACGUUGCUGAAAUAUUUGGCAGAUCGUGAUUUAUGGUUUGAAUUCAUUUCAGUCUGUCAUAUAUUCGCCUAUCCCGUAACUCAGGUGCUGGAAAAUACAAAAUUGUUCAAUAACCCGAACAUACGGGAACAUCUAUUAACAUGUUUAAGUAAUGAUAAACUUAGCAAAUUUCAACCACACGACGAGCUAAAGAUAAAAUCCCAUGACACAGGGCAAUCAUCACCAAGACAACAUAAAGUUGAAGAGAAAAAAAAAGAAUCUCCAGAGUCUAGUUCAACCAUAUCGGGAAUUGAAACAGAUGCAACUGACGUAAUUAAUACCAAAGAUAACAGUUCCAUCUCGAUUUCCUCAGAGGAUAACUUAUGGUUAAUUAUAUUAAAAUGUCAUCAAAGUCAAGACCCACCCAGAGCAUUAAUCAAUGCAUCUCGUUCAUAUCUGAGGCCUAUAUUGACUGUUUUAGCUACAUGUUAUGAGCCGUCUUCUGUAGCAGCAUAUUGCUAUUGUUGGAUGGUAAUAUCGACAGAAAGAGAGGACAUACUUCUCGAUUACACGGAAUGUCUAGACCAACAAAUAUGGCCUUCUGACAAAGUAUCAAAGUUAUUAAACAAAAUGGUUCAAUGUGGUUACAUUAAUACAAUUUAUCGAGCUUACAAAAUUUUCAUGCCUGAUAAUAUUUUGAAUCCAUUUUUUGAGUUUCUUAUGCAAGCAAUCAGUUAUGGUGAAUUUAAGGAAAAUCAAAGGCAUUUGAUAGAGUUUAAAUCACAAUGUUCCUCACUUAAAUGCAAUAAAAUUAUGGAUUGGGACAGCGUCAACUUUACGUACAUGAAAAACUUAUAUUGGAUUGCAGUUGUUGCAAUUCAAUGCAUUGUUACGGCACUCGGCUACGGCUUUCGAAGUACACCGUUACGGGUAAAGUUUCUCGAAGCGCUAAUAAAGUGUAAUUUUUCUGCAGAUUUACCAGCUGCAGUACCGGAUUUUCAGCGUUUGUUGAAUAUAACAAAAAUUGUGCAAAAAACUGAUGUAACAUUCAAUUUUAAGGCCGUUACUUUAAUCGAUAAUGCACAUAAUUUUGACACAGAGAUUCAAAGAUGCAUUACCGAUUUAAUAGCAAUCGAGAAUUACACUGUUGCAUUGGAGUUAGCCUGCUGCGCCGGAUUAAACACAUCCGAGAUCAUAUUAGCACAAUAUCGAAAUACUUUUAAACAAUCUAUAAAUAGAGAUGACCAAAUAAAUUCUACCUUCUGGAUGCAAUGCGCUGAGGAUUUUAAUAAAUACGAUGUUCCGCCACAAAUAGUAGUUGAAUUUUUUGUCGAACAUGCCGAAAAAGUUGCAUCGCACAAAGAAAGAUAUGAAAUUUUAAAAUUGGCUUAUGAGACUUUGAAAAAUACUAAAAUCGAGCAACAAACUAUCGAUACUCUGGAGAUGGCAAUGUGGAAAUCGUGUAUUUUAGCUGGGCCUGACAAUAUAGAGUUUGACAGCGAUAAUCAUAUUUUUAAUAAAUUAAAAACCGAAUUACUAUCUGGUUUGGAUAAACUGCAAGUUACUUGCUCUUUGACGGACGAAAAUGAAAAAAAUGCUGCAGAAAUUUUAAUAAAUAAAUUAAUUGAUCUGGGCAAAUUGACUGUUGCCUUACGAAUAGGCACAAUUUUUAAUUACAAUCAUAAAGGUCUUCAAAUAUUGAUGCUGUGUUUAAGCUUAGCAGAGGGUGAAAUUUCGCCUGCGGACUUAACUGUGCAGCAGAAGAGUCUUUUAGAAGAAAAAAAUCAGAAGAAGCAACAAAAAUAUAGCACUCUGUUUAAUCGCGGUCUGCAAAAGUUUUCAUCAUCGUCAUCCUUGAACUCAAUUUCAUCGAGUGUAGAACCUAGUAAAACAAAUGAUACAACAAACAGCCAUCUCCAAAUGGAGUGUAUCUCAAUUUUAGAAAAAUUAUCGAAAAAUCUUAAACACGGAAAUGAGAUAUGUUUACGAAUUAUUUCAUGUUAUAAACUUGCUACACGUCUUGGAAAGACAUAUCAAUCACUACUGAUGCUAAAAGACCCGAUAAAGUUCUUACAAGAGAUCACAGAAAGUAAUAUUGAAAACAAAUUCGAGACAGCUAACGAUAUAAUAAUGUCUUACAAAAUUAAGACAGAAAACAUAGCAACAUUUUUGACUGAAAAUAUUACAACGCAUAUAAAUCGUGCCAUAGAAGAUGGACAAGAAGAUUUAAUUUUUAUGUGGGGCUAUUCCUUGAAUUCACACUUUCAUUUAAUAAUGGAGCUUUGCAGCGAUAUUUCGUUACUAGGCUUAAAAUUGUUGAAAACAGCACAAUCAUUGUUGGCAAGAUACAUUAGUACUCAUGAUGAAAAGAAAAAUGUUUCAGGAUUGAAAACAAUAGUGGAAUUAUUAAUAAGAUCUCAUGAGUGUUUCACGGCUUCCUGUAACAUGGAAGGAAUAGCCUCAGUAUUACGAAAAUGUCAAAGUCUGGCGAAUACGUUGCAUCUCUUAAAACACUGGGCAUUACUAGUACGUCUUGUAACUGGAGUCGGUCGAUUUACCGAAAUGAAUUACAUAUUUCAAAUCUUGAAAGAAAACAAUCAAUUCGAAUCUUUAUUGGGACAGGGCUUGGAUAAGGUUCCAGGUUUAAAAAUGGCACUGUUGGAAUUCUUGAAACGCCAAUGCCCCGAAGAUAAGGAACUGUUUACUCUAGUAGCGCUUCAUUUCCGCCUAUAUUACGAAAUCGCACUCAUGUGGGAAAAUGAAGCAAAGGAAAUAAUUACGAAAUUAAUAUCUGGCAUAUUAAAAGAGUGCGGAAAAGGCAUAACCGGUAUUCCGGUCGAAAUAAGGUUGACUAGAAACGAUGAUGUCCACAAACAACUACAACUAGCUAUAACUAACUUUACUCAUGCCACUCAAUAUUAUUUACAGGAUAAGAAACUGAAUCUUGCCAGUCGGUCUUCGCAUCAGGCCCAACUCGUCGCGCUUCAAAUUUCAUUGUUAAACGCCGUGCCGCAGAAUCAACAAGCAGUAUGUCUGCUAAAUUUGAAAACCGACGAGUUAGAGAGAAUAUUAUCUCACAUCUUGAACUUCCCUCAAGCUCUUAUAGUCAUCCGCGCUUAUAAUUAUCACGUGGACUGGGUUAAUCUCAUUUAUCAUCACUGCAUUCUUAAAGGAGAUACGAAAUAUCUUCAAGAUUUCUUGACAGUUAACACUCUUACACCUAUGAUUGUACAAGAUUGCGCGCGUAGAUACAGAUUGGAAAAGAGUAUCAAUCAUUCCAUGACAGAUAACAUGAGAAUUCUAAUAUCCGAACUAUCAGAUGUCGAAUGUAAAUACAUGCUAGCUAGUCAGCUUGGCUUUAAGGAUAUUGUGGAGGAAAUGCUUAAUGAUGCUAUAGUGGGCUCCUACUUAAAGGAUACGAUUUGGAAAAAAGGAUAUACUGCUUCGUGAUAUAACUUGUCAUUCUGCGGAAUUCGAUUAACGUCUGAUAAGACAUAUCAUAAAUUUAAAUGUUGCAAUAAAUGUUAUAAACUCAUUUACUGUCGUCUCUCAUAUGCAAUAUAUUUAUAUAUUAAAAUUUAUACUUUUGUCAACAUUUUAUUAUUUAUCGCAAUGUAAAUUAUCAAUAAACUGUAUAUAUAUUUUACAUAUA